AGAGAGAGAGAGAGAGAGAGAGAGAGAGAGAGAGAGAGAGAGAAACGUGAGCAGUUGUGUUUCUGACUCAGUCUUCAGUGAGAGAGCAUUGAGAGAGGAUCAUGCAGGGAAUAAGCUCUCUUUCCCAUCUUCAUCAUCAUCACCCUCAUCAUCAUCAUCAUCAUCAUCACCAUCAUCAUGUCCAUCUUCAUCAGUCCAGCCAACUCCAGCCGAGGGAUCAUGUCAGUGAACAGCACCGAGGAGACAGCAGGAGCAGCAGAACCGGAGAGGGACUACACCUGUGUGCGCUUCUACGUGUCCACCGUCUCCUUCUCGGUUCUCCUCUUCUUCAACCUCCUCAUCAACUGGACCAUCCUGCGUGAGGAGCGGCUCCGGACCCGCGCGCGCUUCGUGCUGGUCUUCCAGCUGCUGGUGUCGGCCCUGCUCCACCUGGGCAUGAGCAGCGUCUUCUACUCGCAGGUGCACCUGGACGCGCGGCCGGGGCGCACCGCCUGCCUGCUCAUGGUGACCGUCCUGAUCUCCAGCGCCUCCUGCAUCCUCCUGACGCUCACGGUGAUGGCGCUGGACCGCUACUGCGCCGUGUGCCACCCGAUGCGCUACGCCGACACCUGCACCGCGGGGCACUGGCCCUGGCUGAUGGGCGCGCUCACCUGGCUGGUGGCGCUGGUCAUCCCCCUCAGCCUGCUCCUCCAGCCGAGCCCAGAGGACGAGCACCACGGGAAGUGUGGCCCGGAGCAGCUGAGGAGAGGCGGCCUGCAGAAGGUGCUGUUCAUUGGGCUGUGCACGAUGCUGAUUCUGUACAGCUACGUGCGGAUACUGGUGGAGGGGUGGAGGUUAGGGGUGCUCAAUCGGCACAACCGUGCCGGGUGUCGGACCAUCGCCCUGCACGGCAGCCAGCUGGCCGUGUACAUCCUCCCCAGCUUCGUGAGCUUCGUGCUGGCGACGCUGCACAAGCAGAACCUGAUCCGGACGCAGACCCGAGAGUUGUCCGCGGUGGUCACCUUCGCCUUCUUCAGUCUGGCGCAGUGCGUCGCGCCAAUUGUUUACGGUUUGCGCAAAGAGGAACUCCUGGAGAAGAUGAGCCGCAGGUUCCCCUGCUGCUCCCGGUACCUGAAGAGUGUCCUGGGCUGGACGGUGCGAGGCAGCUGGUUGCCCUCCCACCACAGAGCACGGCAUGACCCCUACAGACGUUAUCAGAUCACCACAGCUGAGUCUGCAGGGGGAAAAAAACCAACGACAAACCAGUCCAACAAAAGGGGUUUCAAGUUACCUGGAAUCCAUUGAGGGCGACAAAGAGUCUCAGGAUGUCGUUGGUUCCCUCAAAGAUUCUGAAGAUUCUCAGGUCCCUCAUCACUCGCUCCACUCCACAAUCCUUCAGAAACAGACUCAGACAUUUACAUUUCUCCAUCAACAGCAUCCUGUGCACAAUUCAGCAGUAACGAUCAAAUGUAACCCAUAAUUUAAGGCUACAUACAUACAGAUAUUGAUUUUUAUCUGAAAAUAAAAAAAAUCUCUGGGCACAUGAGUGUUGAACUCAUAUCUAUCCUAACUAAUACUUUAAACAACUAUAAUUGGUUUCCAAGCAUUUCCAUUGACAAACUAAAAACGGAUCCAUUUCCAAAAUUCUGUUUUAGACCCUAGUGUGCAGCAGCCAUUAUCAGUAAUGACAUUCUUACAAGACAUAUUGAUGCAUGCAGGUUAGAGAAGCUGGUGGAACUGCAGCUGCAAUGAGUCAAUAAGGCAACGUUUGUAUUUUAGGAAGCAAAGAUGAUAUAUUCUGUCUAAAGGAGCAGAAAUGAAAACGUGUCUGCCUCGUCUUCCCUGGUGAAAUGAAACUCUGAGUCAAAAUGAUAACUUGGAGCAGAACUUAUCUUAUCAUGUUGGUAUCACAGUUUCUUAACCUCUUCCUUUUAUACAGAUCAUAGCCCUCAACUGAUGUCACACUUAUCUUGCAAAAGCAUUAAGGUAGCAGAUUCAUCUGCAGCUUAAAUCUUAAACGUAAAACGUUCUCUUGCUCUGUUGAAGUUUUCAGUGACCUCCGAGAUUGUAAAUUGUUCUGUUGUUAAACUAAAUUGCAUUUAAUUGUGCUGAUUA